GUCCAGUCCGGCUAUGAAGCAAUCGCUCCUCCGCGCUCCCAAAGCGGGGUUUCCAUUGCGCGGGAAAACGAAGAAGGUCCCGCUUCCCAUUUUCAAUCCCCAGGGGAGUCCUAAUUCCGAGUGUCUCGAUGUUUCCUUCUCCGCUUCUCCUCCUCCAAUUUCCAAAAUCACUGACAACCUUUCGGUUACUUCAUCGAAUUCGGUGAACGCCGCGGCUGGAGAUCUUGAUGAGGUAGAAUCGAAUUAUUCGAUGAUUUCUCUUUUACUGGAGAACUCCGAUCAAUCUGGGCUAUCAGAGUUUCCACCCGUGCCCUUGCUGGAACCCGUCGGAGCUGCUACGGAGAACCUGAGGGGAGCGAGCACAUCAGUUGAGCCGGCGGUUUUCACUGAAGAUAUUGUAAGAGGCGGACGAAGUUGUGCGGAGGAGAUCUUAACGGAGUCGUCGGAGAUGACCGCUCAACCAGAAGCUCAGAUCAUCCUGGAAAAUUGCUCUGCGGAGGAUGAAGGAGAGCGGAAUCUGGAGUUAGCGAUAGCUGGAUUCUCAGAAGCGAUGGAGAAGCUCUGCGAUGCGAUCAGGGAGGUGUUAUUGCCCCAAAUUGAACAGAGGAAGCGACGAAACGGGAGUGAUGGUGUCUUCUUCUUCCUUGUAAGGGUGGGGGAGCUGACGCUGGCAUUCUUUAUCGGUGCUGUGCUGGUCUCCGUUCUCCUCAUCGCGGUGGCUUCUGAAGGCUACCUAAUCUUGAAUAACUUGUCGGAGUUCAACGGACCUGCUCCGUCGUGAUUCAGUCGGCCAGGUGCUGGAAAUAGUUAACCGUGGUUUUUAAAGACUUUCAAGAAAAGCAACAUAUCGAUACAAUUCUUGGUUAUUUGAUUUGAAAAUUAGUUGUAAUCAGAUGAUUAAAAAACUGAAGAUAAUCCUAUCGGAUAAAAAAAUUGUAUAAAUCAAUUGAUGCGUAAAAGUAGUUAUGAUAGAUAGAUAGAAAGAGUUUCCUGUAUUUCAGUUGAGAUUUGCACACCCUAUUACAAUCGAAUCGA